AUGCAACCAUUGAGUACGUUUACCACAGAGCUUCCGCCAUGUUGUGUGCAAGUAUAUGAUGACUUUGUUUUCGUGGGAACUUACAAGCUUGAGGAAGGAACCAAGCGUUGGGGUAGCCUUGACAUUUACCGGUGCGAUGCCCUUCAUAAAUUCACUCGAAUUGAGAAUAUAGCGACGCAAAGUGCUAUUUUGGACAUCAAAUUGAAUCACAAUCUGCUGUUAUUGGUUCUGGCUCAUUCUGAGGGCUAUAUAAGCGUAUGGAAGGUUGAUAUCGAGGGGUCACCGUCUUUACUGCUUCUAAAAAAAAUACAAAUUGCAGAGGAUACGACAGUUUUGGUGACUCUGGUGCAUUUUAAUCCUACUACCGCAACCCAAGUCGUGGCCACGCUUACUUCGGGGUAUCUGGCUAUUGUGGAUCUUGAGAACUCUAGCAUAACUUGGCUCGAAACUGCACAUGAGCUUGAGUGUUGGACUGCUAAUUUCAGCGAGACAGUUGGACCAGUUGUUUACACAGGAGGGGAUGAUGCUGGUUUGAUAGCACAUGACUUGAGAACUAAUACAUCUGUUUUUCGUACAGGUCAUAGACACCAUGAAGCAGGUGUGGUGUCCAUCCUCUCGCCCACAUCAUCUUGGAACAGUAACCACCCUUAUCAAUUGUGGACUGGGUCGUACGAUGAUAAAGUUAGAGCAUUUGAUCUCAGGGUAAUCAAUGAUGAACUUUACGCGAUACCUCCUACAAUCAAACAAGAAGAGUAUCUUGGGGGUGGCGUAUGGCGCUUGAUUCCCAAACCCGGAACCGAUCGGGUGCUUGCCUGUUGCAUGUAUGAUGGCGGGCGUAUCAUGGCUUCAUCAGACGGUCACAUUCAAGUUGAUCGCACCUUCAAGGGACAGCACGAAAGUAUGCUUUAUGGUGCUGAUUGGAUGAAAGACGACAAGUUCAUUACAUGUUCUUUUUACGAUAAGAUUGUACAUAUAUGGGAGGAUAAAUAA